ACCCUUGUGCCUACAGGAUACAUUUGACUCCUAGGCAGUGCCUUCUUCUUUCCUCCUCAUGCUGUUUUCUUCUCCCUUUUUUUUCUCUCUUUGUUUCCUUUCAUAUCUCAUUCGUCAUGCGUUGUUUUAGAGAUGCGAGUACCGUACCAGACUUUGGAAAAGAGGAAAUACCCAUAAUUGCUAUGACUCAUGUGACGGCUGGUAGGAAGAAAAACGGCAUGAAGGAAAAAGGAAGAAGCGAGGAAACUGGAUAUAUUCACUGGGCCCGUGACAACGCAUACGGGAGGAAGUGGAGGAGAUACCUAUAAAGGAGACUGAGAGGAGUUGUGAUUUAUGGAAAGCAUGGCAUUUUUGGCUUCUUUUUUUUUUCUUGUUAUUUCCCAUUCUCUUCUCUUUUAUUUCACUUGAUCUCUUUUUUGUUUUGCUGUUGCUUAUUUUUGUGUUGGAUUUUUUUUGUCACGGUAGCUAGAGGAGAGCUUUUCAGAUACCUUUUUUUCUUUUUUUUUUUUCCCUGUCCUCGUUGGAGAACCAGAAAAAGAAAAAAGAACGGGACUUCAUCAUAUGAAAGAGGGACAGGCAAAAAAAGAGGUCAUGGUUAAUGGAAGGGUUUUCAAAGAUUGAUGUAGAGGAGGCGCAUUGCAAAUU